AUGUUCCUUCGACUCCUGCCCGUCCUCUCCCUUACUCUAUCAACAAUCAGCCUCGUACGAGCGUCGGUAGACUGCCUACCAAACUAUGAGUGGUCGUACAACCACCAGAAGAACUCGCCAUGCGACGUUGCAUCUGCAUUGUUGAAGGAAUGUGACCCUGCGGCUGGUUCCCUUCAGCCCUUGACAAGUAACGCAUCUGGAGACGCCUAUUAUGAUCCAACCCAAGCGACUCAAGUCAAUGCCUGCCUGUGCAACACUAUCACAUACUCGCUUGUGAGCGCCUGCGGUAUUUGCCAAGGACAGUCGUAUCUAUACUGGCAUACUUGGGUAGAUGUGUGCAACAAUGCCAGUGUCAGCGUCUGGUUAUACAAUUAUCCUCUACCGCUGCCUCCCGGUCUAGACGUACCAUUGUGGGCAUAUAUGGACGUAACGACAAUCGACUAUUUCUCAAUCCGUGGUGCUUUCCGGAACGCAACAUUCAACCUUAACGCAACACAAACGAAUUCGCAAACACUUUCCACGCCAACACUGAGCCCACCCAGUCCCAAGUCCGAUUCUAGCAAUGGCACUAACAUCAGCAACAGCAACAUUACUUAUAAUAUGAUACCUACCUCACAAGAUACUUCUUCCAGUACCACAGGGGGUGGCAGGGGAAGCAAUGUUGACAUUGCAACCUUGAUCGGAGCUAUUACUGGGUCAAUCAGCGGCCUGGUAAUCGUGGGACUGGCCAUUCUUCGUUACAUGGCCUUCCGAAAAUCACAACGAGCCAAGCAAGAAGAGAGGGACGAAGAAAAGCACGGAUUAGUCGAUAAGCAAAGCUUCGUGCCCGCCGAAACUAAUAAAGGGAGUAAAUUGAGGGACCCAGAUGAAGCCCGUUAUCUGAACUCAGAGGUGGAGCUGGAAACGGACGCAAACGGGGACCCCAACUUCCAUUUGCAUGCUUAA